GGACGAAGUCGCGGGCAACAGCUAGUUAUACAUAUUUUAAUUACACCGACACACAAAACACAGAAUUGCGAAACGGAAGAAAAACAUACAUUGUGUCGACCAAAAAUGAUUGAGAUAAUCAAAUAAACAUGACUGAACUAAGUUUCCAAGCACUUAAUAUUUGUUCCCGGAAACAUUAUUAUUUCAUAAAUAAUUCCUGAAUUAGUUGCACCUGCGUUGACCAAGAUUGCGCGGCGAACUUUUUAUGUAAGCCGGUACGAGUCGCGUGUAUUGCUAAUAUUUUUUUACUACUUCUUUUGUUUUUGCAAACAUGACACGGUUUCAUGUUUGAAUAAUGAAGGUAUAUUAAAGUGUGUGAGUGUUGUAGGCGGUAUAGUAAUGAAUUAUGGUGAACUUCAACACAUACUAUUUAAAUGGAUAUUUUUAGGGUUUCAUGCCCAAAUGAUAAAACGGAACCCUUUUAUUUUGACUCAAGCGCUCAUAAUACCUUCUAUAACUAAUCUUUAUGUCAGGAAUCGUAUUAGAAAUGUACAUAUUUAAAACCUUGCCUCUGUUGUCACAUAAAAUGAAUAUUGUAAAGUGGAAAAAUUCAUGGAAAAUACAACUUAUUUCGAUGAAUUUAUUAAAAUUGAAAAUUUGCUGUGUGAACCUUGUUUUGUUUAGAACACUAGCUAAGAUUAUGUGUAUUUAUUUUUUAUGACCGCAAGAAGUUUAGUUUUUCAUUAAAAUGGCACGGUGUAUGAGUUGGAUGCGUUCAUAUACUUUAAAGAGAGUUCGAGAGUCGUGAGUGUGGUACCAGGAGAGUAGGUUGUAAUGGAGGGGACAGCAGUACCAGGGUAGAAGGUAUUAGUAAUUACCAAAAGAGCAGGAAUAAGCAGUACAUGAUCGAUAUCUGAAUACCUUCCUAUUGAGCCAAAUCGACAUUAGAACCUUUUUUUGUAUUUUUGUCUAAACUGUUAGCAUCAAGUGUUAGGCGGUACGAAGUUAGCCAGGACCGAUAGUUUUUCUAAAAUAUUAUACAACGAACAUUGCUUAUGACAAAAAUGCCCAUAAAUUAUAUCAAAAUAACAGCUAUAAUAUUACAAAAACAAUUUAGUAUAUCAAAACAUAUUUACACAACACGCGCGUGAUGUUGCCAGCGGCGAUGUAGUAAACAACGGAAUAGCCAAAAGGAAUUGUGAAAUUAUUUGCAGAAAUAAACUGAACGAAAGCUAAUAAAGUAUUCUCUUAUCAUGUAUUAAAUAUGAAUGUUUGUGUACCUAAGUAUUGUGAUAAGCAUGAAAGUUGCCGACGAUAAGUCAACAGUUCAAAGUUCAAUAACUCUGCAUCAGGCUGGUUUUAGGUAAUAGGGGUGAUGGCUGGAUAUAAGAAGUUAUAAUCGAAUGAGUCCAUCAGAUAAUUAAAAAAUAAUGGGCAAGUAUUUUUGCCUUGCUUUGAACAACAAACAUUUACGUAGGUAAACUGCUUCAAAGAGUAAGUAAUCUCACGAGUAACUUCAAUACGUUAUAAUUUGAUUAAUUUAUGUUUACGGGGCAAAAGAUAAAAUACAGAUGUAUUAUUAUGUAAAACUACACGACGGACACCAACAAAAUUGUCGUCAUUUUUUGUCUAUUGGAUGAAACAGCAAUGAAGAUGAGGCGGACCUGGUUCCAUAAAAAUUGCUAUCCAGUCCAAAGAACUUCAAAAGGCUAGUAAUUGUGUCUGCUAUUUAUACAUCUUUAACAGUCGUUAUGGGCAGAAAAAAGAUAGAAAGUCUGACAAAAGUUCUGAUAGAAAGUCAACAUUUCACUGCAUCUGGCUAGACUGGAAGCCGACCGCACCAUAACUGGGCAAAGGGUAAGAUGAUCAUGAGUCCAAAAUACAGGGCGUAUCAUAAAAAAAAAACCAAAAUCCAAAAUCACGUAUCAAAAAAAAUCUGAUCGAUUAAAGCUCGAUCAAUCACAGGUAACAUCAAGUAAUAACCGCCCUUGUCCGUGAAAUUAGCUCGUUCAAUCACUUGUAUUUACAAAGUUUAUCAGAUCCGCUAAUGGCGCGAUACAGUAUCAUUGUAAGGCUUAUCUGGUUUAUUAGCGUACGAGUCAUUGUAUUACCUCCCCUCAUUGGCCACUCACGCCGAGCUUUCGAUGUGUUUCGUGAUAUUUUCUCAUGAGGAAUGCAAUUAAUAAGAGGAUCUUCAGAAAAAAAUAACAGGCUGUCAACAGUCGUAAGAAACACAUCAUGCAGCCAUGGCUGGUUGCGCUUGGUGGUACAGUGCAUAUUCGCAGGCAUAACAGUGACCAGUUUCCUACUAAUAUUCCGAAUGACCAUAAUCAGGGAUCCACCACAUCAUCACACGCCCAGGUGUUUGCUCAGUGGCUGCAAAAUAAUGUGUAGAGAAGCACCCUUCUUCGGGGAUUUCGAAUAUGAUAUUGUCCAAGCUGUUGAGGAUGCCGCCCAAAAAUAUUGUAAACAUGUCGUUUUACAUUUGGACAACCCCAUGUUUGUAAACAACAGUUUAGCGCCAAGAUUUUUGCCAUCGUUACGGUCAAACAUUCACGAAUUGAUAAUAAACAAUGGGAACCUAAUGCGCAUUCCAGCGGACGCAUUCAUGAACCAAUAUCUUGCUUCGUUACGACUGAUAACGUUCUAUAACCUGGCUAUAAGAACUUGGACAACGGACAGUUUUGUUGGUCUUACACGUUUACUUAAAUUUAUUAUGAAAGAUUGCAUUCUAGUUAACCCACCAAGAGAUCCCUUGAGGGCUGUGGAUGACACGCUAAUAACUCUAUCUAUUACAAAUUGCGAGCAGUGGGACCCGGCUCGCAUAACAGGAGCGACGACAUUUUCGUCACUAAUAGUCGUCGACUUCUCAUCUAAUUCCUUUGGCGAUGUCCUCGGACGAUCUAGUUUUACUGGCCUUCAAAACUGUAAAGCCUUGUACCUCAAUUCUUGCAAAAUAUCAGCAAUAGGCGCGGGAGCGUUUGAUAGCCUUAAGAGUAUUGAAAUUUUAUAUCUGCACAAUAACUAUCUCAUUGAAAUAUCAGACCAUUUAUUCACAAAUCUAUUUGCCUUGGUGAACCCUAAACCAAGGAUUAAUUUGCAGAAUAAUUUAUGGCAUUGUGAUUGUUCCGACGAAAAUUUGAGAGAACUAAUAAAACAAGAUGUGUUGUUGACGGAUCCCUAUUGUGGAAACCCCGAUAAUUUCAAGCAUCUAACUUUUUCUCAGUUUGAAUCACAUUGCGCAGCAAAUGAACCAGAGCCUACAAAAAUGGUUAAACCUGCUGUACAGCACACGCCAAUGCAAUUUAAUUUAGAAUUAGAAAAACCGGAUGAUAGCCAUGGUUUUGUUUACGUUAGCAGCGGAACUUGCUAUAACGGUAACAGCACCGAUUUUUCCUACAAUAACCUAAUUAAAAUGAUUUCACCAAUAUAUGGAAAUAAAUGCUUCAGCCAAGAUAAACGUUUUAAUGAUUUAGCAAGUAUUGUUUACUUUAGAGAACUAGAACUAGAUACAUUUGAUGUAGAUAACACUUGGAUUAAAUUCACAUAUUUGAUGAAAACCGCGAACUACUCGAUGCUUCAAAUAGGGACAGUUGAUACUGAGGACUACGGAAUGGUUUGGUAUCAAUCGACGUGUCCGAACGAAAUCUACUGCGUGAGUCACGUGCCGCAAAUGUUAAGGAUUUACAACGCCGAUCCAAAAGCUAGUUAUAUAUUCUGUCCAAUAGGGCUAAACGCAGGCAGAGUUAAUUACAACAAAUGCGUUUACCAUGAAGCAAAUGAGAAAAGUCAUAAUUAUGGUCAACAACUGAAGGUGUUAGCUUACCUUUCUACCGCACUAGUGUGUUUAGUGUGUGGAGCACUCUGCGUGUACGCAAUCAUACUAAAAUACCCGAGCCUACUAAAAGGUAGCAAAAGAAUAUUACUUGUCAAACACAAAAAAGUGGAUGCUUUAGUUUUACCUCCAAAAGUACCGUUAAGGAAAGAGACGAUCAAAAAGCCAGUUCCGGAAACCAUUGUUAAAGAGGAUAAAAUUUUCGUUAUUCCCGCAACACACUUCAUCCCUCGAAACAGUAAUAGGAGGUCAAUGAGGAGUAUGAAGAGCAAUGCGCCGAGUUACAUAUCAGCUUUACUGCCGACUGAGGACCAGCUAGCCGAGUGGCGUAUAAGGCACCAUUUUAACAACGAUCUCUCGAUAACUUCAACACAUUCGGAGAUAUCAAUACUGUCGUGGAAUGACAGCGAAGACACCAAAUAUUCCAUCGACUAUGAUAACGAGAUAAUAUAUGAAAGUCUAAAGUAGUUAUUUAGUUGAUUUAUUGCGAUACGACGGAAAUAUUUGUAAUUUAUCGCAUCGUAAAUUUACAGCGUACCAAAUAUUAUCAUUAAGAAAUGAAAAUCCCAUUUAAUAUUCAACCAUGUUACGUCGAGUCGUUUUAAUAGUUUUAAAGUAUAAUUUUAAGGAAAACAAUUGUUUAUUUAAUCAUAUUAUAGAUAUUUCAAAGAAAGUGUAAUAAAUUAGGUAUUUACAAAAGUGAUAAAUUUAGUAAAUCUUAGUUACACGCUCUUUGCGUUUAUGACUAUAAGUGUAAUUUAAAUAAAAUAUUUAUAUUUUUAACUGUUAUUUCAUUUCAUCUUAUUACAAUAAUCUCAAUUAUUAUUAAUUGAUAUUCAACACUCAAAUGAAUUCCUAUAUGAAUUAAACGCCACUAAAAAUAGUCCAAUUCAAAUUUCAUACUUUUCCGGUAUCAAAUGCGUUUGAAAACUAUAAUAAAUUAUACGUGUAUCGGAUAGCCGAUAGCCGUCAAGAGUGAGUGUCCUCGCCGUGAAUCAAUCUUAUACAAUAUAGUUGAACAGUCAGCAACAGAAGUCCUUUGUACAAAAUACCAGUAUUUUUCAGUUAGGUACUGCAUCUGAUAUUGUAAAACUCGCUACAGCUUUGGAAGAAAAAGGAAAUACCUUUGCUCUUAAGUAGGGUCUUCUAAAGGCUAUGAAAAAUUGGACUGCACGGAUAGCCGAGGGGUUGAUACCAAGCGCAAUCCACUGUACGCGACGUGUCGCGUCGUGGGUUCAAUCCCUACGUCGGAUAAGACUUUGUAUGACCUUCCUUUUAUCUGGGUGCAUGGGUAACUUGAAUUGUUGUGAAAUCUCCCGAGAUACAGGGACAAAAUCUCUUAUCGAAGGGCGAUUUUUUUAUUAAAAAAAGAUCUUGUUGUAGCACCGGAUGUUAAGCCUACUUAAUCAUCUAAACACAACAUCAACUAAUUAAAACCGAUUGUAUAUAUUUGCUUUAAAAAUCGGAAUAUGCUGACCAACUUCUGUUCCCGACCGUACGUAUAAUACAGCUGUUUCUAAGAGGAGUCGGCCACUCGGGCGCACGGGCCGGCCCGAAGCGCGCCUUGCAUUGUCUUACCCAUUGGACGCCAGAUCUAUUUAUAUUCACAUUUAAAAACGACUAUAGGCCUAGAGAAUACCAAUUAGAACACGUGUUAAUGACGUACCGUUCGAAAGUGAUGUCAAUUCGCUCACAGAAUUUAUUGCUCGAAGAGACUAUGACAUAAUAGCGCGCAUUUGAUUUUGUUUUCUUUAAAUAAAAAUAUCAUGUUACUUGUGUCGGGUUAAUAAAAAGGGAAUUGAGUAUUAAUUAUAUGUUUAUUGAAAAAAUUAAUACGUCAAAUACUUAAUGUAUCUUGAGUCCGAUAUUUUGAAGCUGCAGUUAUGACUUUUUGAAGUGAUACUUCUUUAGGCGCGUUCUGAAAAAAAUGAUGAGAAUGAAAUUUUACAAUUCUUGCGCAUGAACGUCCGCUAAACCGCUCAUUAAGUCUGUUUUUUUUCUUUAAACUGAAUUUAUUGACUGUUUUGACUAACCGUUUCCAGUCCUAUUAUAGUUUUAUUUUAAUUUAAUAUGCAGUGAAAAGAAGUAAUUUAAUUUUUUUUUUCAUGAUGCCAAAAUACUUCUUUGGCACCUUCACGCGCAUACAUAAGUACACGCACCCUUUCACGGUGAGUGAUUAUUUAUUUGAAUAUUAGAAUUAAAUAUGACCUUUAUACAAAUAAAUGUAAAGUAAAUGUAUUUGUAACACUUAUCCGAUACAUCGCUAAUGAAUGUGUUUUCGUGCCACACUAUUCUGGGAUCUUGUUAAUUAAUAUUAUGAAGUCAUUCGUGAAAUUGUCCUAUUAUAAUGAUUAAUAUGAAAUAUAGUGCAGCGGAAACUUUGGUUUCUCAUUACAAUGUAGUGGACAACAAAUGAAUAUUCUGUAAUAAUAUUAUUUAAAUAAAAAUGCAAUUGAUUUCAA